ACAUCCAUUGCGCCCCAAGCGAAACAUUGAAAACCCCAUCCCUCUGUGUUCAAUACGCCACAUGUGUGUACUGGUUAACGUUUUUAAGCGUUCUGAACGGCGGAUUGAAGCUGGUUGAAGUUGCUGAUGCUGCUUUGCACCCCAAAAACCGCUAACAAAAAGGGAGACCGAGGAAUUUGCAUAUAGUUACAUUGAAUCUUCACAGCAACAAUCUAAUCUUAUUUCUGAAAGUCGCAUUCUCAAAAAAAAAACGGCAUUUUCGCCUGAUUUAGCCUACUGCGGCUCGCAUCCUGCCACACUCUCCCUUCCAGCUCCAUCUAAGCAUCCAUAUUUUUUGUUCAUCCCUGUGUGGGGGUAUAGGGAGUGGCAACCUGAUAAAUCAACCGAUCCGCGGACCCCUCUCCUCUAGGAAAAAAACAAGUUCGCCGCUUUUUGGACACGUUCAUGCGUAAUUUGGAAAUUAAAAGCUAAAAUGGAGAGGUAUUGCCACCAUUCCGACUUCUAGUGCCUCAAACCGAAAGCCUUAAUCCCUGCACUUCUCCCUGUACAUGAUGAACAUGCUGAAGUCCAGUGGACUGAAGAUCCCUGGCAGGGGCCCAAAGCACUCCCCUGGCCCUGUGGGACGAACCUCUGCUGGGGGGUCCGCUUCCGGCACUGUGGGCCAGAAAGACAACUCCCCACACAAGCAGACCUCCCCACUCCCCAGCAGCAAUGCCUCAGACAAGUCAAGCUCCAAAACAUCCGAGGUGGGAGACGACGUCCUUGGGGACUACGUGGUUGGCGAACGUGUCUGGGUCAACGGGGUCAAACCGGGCGUCAUUGCCUACCUGGGUGAGACCCAGUUCGCCCCAGGACAGUGGGCUGGGGUGGUCCUCAAUGACCUGUUGGGGAAAAAUGACGGCUCUGUGGGCGGCGUGCGCUACUUUGAGUGCCAGCCCCACCAGGGCAUCUUCACGCGCCCCUCCAAGCUCACCCGGCAACCGGUGGGCGAUGGAAGCGAAGUCCACUCCACUGAUUCGCUGACAGCUCAGAACCUGACACUCCAUGGCGGCAAUGGCACUUCGCCUGCUGGUCAGCGUGUGGUUAUGCCACUCAGGGAGGGCAUGCUCAACAGCUCUGUGAAGACGGGUAACGAGUCAGGUUCCAACAUGUCCGACAGUGGCUCGGUCAAGAAAGGCGGGGAUAAGGACCUUCGAGUGGGAGACCGUGUGCUGGUGGGGGGCACCAAGACAGGAGUGGUGCGCUACGUGGGGGAGACUGACUUUGCCAAGGGUGAGUGGUGCGGCGUGGAGUUGGACGAGCCCCUGGGGAAGAACGACGGUGCAGUGGCUGGAACCAGGUACUUCCAGUGCCCGCCCAGGUUUGGCCUGUUUGCACCCAUCCACAAGGUGAUCCGCAUCGGCUUCCCCUCCACCAGCCCAGCCAAGGCCAAGAAGAGCAAGCGGAUGGCAAUGGGGGUGUCGUCGCUAGCCCACAGCCCCAGCAGUUCAUCUAUCAGCUCUGUUAGCUCUGUGGCUUCCUCGGUGGGCGGGCGGCCCAGCCGCACUGGCCUGCUCACGGAGACGUCGUCGCGCUAUGCCCGCAAGAUCUCUGGCACCACUGCGCUGCAGGAGGCACUGAAGGAGAAACAGCAGCACAUCGAGCAGCUGCUGGCCGAGCGGGACCUGGAGCGGGCCGAGGUGGCCAAGGCCACCAGCCACAUCUGUGAGGUAGAGAAGGAGCUCAACGCCCUCAAGGCCCAGCACCUGCAGUAUGUCACAGAGACGGAGAGCAACCUCCAUCAAGUCAAAACUCUGUUGGCCAGCACUCAGAAAGACAAAGUAGAGCUAGCCAAUCAGCUUGAAGAAGAGAAAAGGAAAGUGGAAGACCUUCAGUUCAGAGUGGAGGAGGAGUCCAUCACCAAAGGAGACCUUGAGACUCAGACGAAAUUGGAGCAUGCCCGUAUUCGGCAACUUGAGCAGAAUCUGUUCCUCGAAAAGUCGAGAGCAGAAAAGCUUCAGAAAGAAUUAGAGGUGAAGCGGGGAAGACGCAGUCUUGAUGCGGCACCCUUGAGGUUGGAUAAAAGAACCAAGCAAAGCACAGUUGAGGAGAAGAGCCACGUAAUGCAGCUGGAGGAGGAGCUGGCCCUGCGGCAGGCAGAGAUCGAGGAGCUCCAGGUCCAGCUCAGGGACCCAGACUCUCACCCCAACACAGCCGAGGACGGGUACGCCACCCAGGGGCCGGUGGCCCAGUCGGAGACCUUCCUGCUCCGGGAGCAGCUCCUGACAGCGGGUCGGGAGCACCACAAGGAGAGCAGCCAGCUGAGGGAGAAGUAUGAGGCGGCAGUGGCGGCAGGCCAGGAGGAGACAAACAGACUAAAAGCCACGGUGGACAAACAGAGCCAGGAGAUCAUCGAUUUGAAGCAGAGAGUCCAGCAGGCCACGACAGAGAACAUGGAGAUGAUGGACAACUGGAAGGUCAGGCUGGACACCCUGGUCAACGACCACCAGCGCUCUCUGGAGGACCUGAAGACCUCGCUAUCCAGCCAGAACGGCUCGGCCGAGGGCCAAGAGCAGGACCCUCAGGAGCUGAGAACCACCAUGGAAAGUCUGCGCAUGGAGCACCAGUUGGAGCUGGAGAACCUCAAGGCCAGGCACGAGAUCGAGGCGGCUGUGCUGGCCAAGGAACGUGAGGAUCUGCGCUCCCGCCUGCAGGACGCCAAGGACCAGCUGGGCGAGAGCAGCCAGAACGGGAAGAACCAGGCCCAGACGGAGGCCAGGAGCAACCAGCUGACCCUGGAGCUGAGAGAUGCCCGGGAGGAGCUCCAGAAGGCACAGCUGAGGGUGGGCGAGGUGGAGAGGCUGCAGGGAGAGAAAGACGGGGCCCAGGAUGAGCUCCGGGAGUGCCUUGAGCUGGCUGAGAAGAAGAUGGUGGAUUAUGAGGCCCUGCAGAAAGCUGAGGCCCAGAGUCGGGCCGAGCUCCACAGCCUGGAGGAAAAGCUGAGGGUGACUGAGAACCGACUGCAGGCGGUGCAGGAUGACCACCACAUGCCACAAGAUGCCAACGUUAUAGAAAAUAAUGACAUCUCAGAGGAGAAGAUUAAGCUAAAACAGAAUGUUGAAGAAACUAUGGAGAACCUGACGAAAAGAGAAAAAGAGGUCUCCACUCUCACGUCACAGUUUGAUGCCCUCAAAUCACAGAUAACUGCCUUGGAGGGCAAAGUUCGCUCAGGUGAGAAGAAGGCUGACACCCUGGUCAAGGAGAAGAUACGCCUGGAGGCCGACCUCGAGUCCAUGACCAAGAAGUCCCAUGAUGCAUCGGGACAGCUGGUCGUCAUUAGCCAGGAGUUACUGAAGAAGGAGAGGAGUCUGAACGAGCUGAGGGUGUUACUGCUGGACUCCCCUCGCCACUCGCUUGGCCUGGACCGAGACCUGAGCCGAGAGGUGCACAAGGCGGAAUGGAGGGUGAAGGAGCAGAAACUCCAGGAUGACAUCAAGACCCUGAGAGACAAACUGCUCCUGCUGGGCAGGGAGAGGGGCUCGUCCCCAGACCACCGGCGCUACUCUAUGCUGGACCCGUCGGCUCUGGACUCGGAGGUGACCCGUCUGCGCCAGCGGCUCCUGAGCACCGAGGAGGCCCUGAGGGGAGCCCUGGAGCACAACCAGGAAGUGGACCAGCUGGUGCAAGCCAUGCGCACGCACCCAGACAAGACCCAGGUGCAUGGUGGUGCAAAUUCAGCCAAUGGGAUUUAUCAACAGGAUUCUUCCUUUACUCAAGAUGAACAACACUAAUAUAGGAGAAGAAGAGCCCAUCUUGAAUUUGGGAAAUGCAUAGCUACAUUUUAAAAGAAAAAUAAGUCACUACGUUGUUAAGACUUGGGACUAGCACUCCAUUGGACUCCAGAUGCCAUUUUCUGUUUACAGUUACUACCAAAACAAUGACUACCAAAACAAUGACUCUCAAUAUGUACAUUUCAUCUGUUGCAAAAAAUAAAAUCACCCAUUAGCCAAUCUUAAGACAGAUCAAAGAUACUGUAAAAUGGACAUGGAGGUGAAUAAUAAAUCGGUACGACCUUUGUAAACUGAUACCUACCCUGCAGACUACCUCCAAGGAUGGUAUUGGACAUGGGAGAACCUUUUAUGGUAGUUUAUUAGAGAUCAUGACCCUACAACUCAUGAGAAACUCUUUUGUGAAUUACUAAUUGUGACUCCAGAGAAUGGAAUGACUCUGGUGUCUGAUUGAAAGCAAAGAAGAAGAAUUUGGCCUCAAUCCACCACUUUUUGUUAUUUAUUUGCCACACUGCUUUUGAACCUUCUUAGAGUACUGUAGCUGAUUUGAUUUGGCCAUUUACGUUCAGAACAAUUUUCUCAAGCUCCUCCAUGUUCAAGGACUCUUGCUCUGUAGCGAACGUGAAUGAAACGGUUAUGCUGCUGGAUUUUGGCUGAUGUUGUAAAAUAGCUGCAUUAUCAGUAUUGUGCAUACUGUAAACGUGUAUUUAGCCAACUGAACCAAUCCAACUCGGCGCCGUAUUUGCACCAAAUAGCUAUCAGUUUAAUGGUUUACUAAUUUGAACUGAGUUAUCCAUUAAUUUCACUAUGGCUUCACUAGAUAGUGGGAAACCGUACCACUUUGUAGUGUUUCCGUAAACAGGGGUUUAAAAAAAUACCAGUAUUAACUUCUUAUUGUUGAUCAUUUAUCUAAAGACAUUUGACCAUGCCAUGGGAUCACUUUGUGCUUUGAUUACAGUAGGCCACUCGAGGGCUGUUUGGAGCACAAUCCAAACAAUGGAAUGUUCUAGGAUGUAUCCCAAAUGGCACCCUGUUCCCAAUAUAGUGCACUACUUCUGACCAGAGCCCUAUGGACCCUGGUCAAAAGUAGUGAAAUAUAUAGGAAAUAUAGUGCCAUUUAUGACACAACCCUACUGUAACUGCUCCCUCCCUUGGUUGAAGAACACACAUCUGGAUGACGUUUAAACAAAUCCUAAUCAUAACGUACAGAAUUGAUACAUUAUGGUCUUCCAAAUGAUAUUAUCUCCAUUUAACAAGCCAACAGGGAAAUACUAAGUGUAGUCCAUUACUGUAUUUACGGGAUAUUGGUUGACAUUCUGGUUAUGUCUCAAAUGGCACCCUAUUCCUUAUAUAGUGCACUACUUUUUGGCACUGAUCAAAAGUAGUGCACAAUAUAGGGAAUAGCGUGCGAUUUGAAAUGCAGACUGUCUUUGGGAGAACAUUAUCUUGAUGUGAGUAAUGUGGAAUGUGAGACUUGGGAUUGACAUUGCAUGGACAAAGUGUUGGGCUGGCCCUCGCUCAGCGAAACUGAAGCUACAAACUGUCAUUGGAAAAUGUAUAUUGCCUUUUUUCAGAUGGGAAACACUUCAUACCCUUUAUUGCUGUAAUGAUUUCUGAGAUUGAGUCAUUAAAUAUUAACAAUGUGGGAAAAGGA